AAUCGUUUUAUAUAUUUUUACGCGAUACCAUCGUUUCACAUCAGUUGGUAACUAAGUACAUCUCUUCCUCCAAAGACUUUCUUUGCUAAGGUUCAUAUGUAAUUGAAUUGAGAAUCACUUUCAUUCAUAAGUUUCGUUUGGUGGGAAUCCCAAGUAAUCUGCUAUUAUUUGUAAAUUCGAUUUUUGUUCAAAUAUAAUAGUUAAAUAAGUUCAAAUAAAGUUGAUGAUCAAGUAUUACCUACAAGUAAACAAAACAUUUAAUUCAUCAUGUUUAACUUGAUUAAGUACUUAUUAAUUAUAAUUAUUUUUAACUACAUAAAUGCGGCAAUAGUAAUUGAUAUAUUCAGCGAUAAGACCCAUGAUAAACAUGAACUUCUGAAUCAUAUUAAUGCUUCAAAAAAUAAAUGGACUAAUGAGACUGUUUCUUUAUAUAAAUUUUUAAAUGCGGAAUACUAUGGGAUUAUUAGUAUUGGAAAACCAGCUCAAACAUUCAAAGUCAUUUUUGAUACAACAUGGUCUGAUUCCUGGGUACCAUCUCAACACUGUGGACUUUUUGAAAUUGCUUGCAUGAUUCAUAAUCGAUACGACAGCUCCAAAUCAUCAACGUUUAAAGAAAAUGGAACUGAAUGCGUUAUUGAAAGCAAAGCUGAAAGCUUGAGAGGCAUAGUUUCGAUUGAUGAUUUUCAUCUUUCGCAUGUCAAAGUUGUUGGUCAAUCGUUUAUCGAGAUGACUCAUAUGUCUAACAUUCCAUUUCUGAUGACAAAAGCUGAUGGAAUUAUCGGUCUUGGAUUUUCUUCGUUGAAUGAGUGCAGCCAAAAACCAUUUUUUUACAACAUGCUAGGACAAAAGAUUGUUAAAAAACCAGUUUUUACAUUUUAUCUGAAUCGCGAUUCAUCUACUGAUAGAGCAGGCAGUUUGAUUCUUGGUGAAAUGGAAAGAGAUAAAAUUAAUGGAAGCUUAAUAUGGUUACCUGUAAUUACUAAAAAAUAUUGGAUGAUUAAAAUUGACCGACUCGUUAUUGAUAACUCAAACAAAACUUUUCCAUUUUGUACUUCAUCAUGCAAAGCUAUAUUUGAUACCAGCGUUAACACAAUAUCUGGACCACCUGCUGAUAUAAUGAAAAUAAAUAAUUUAUUGGGUGCAAAAGAAAUUAUGAAAGUUUGGCCUUACAGAUACAUGGUUGACUGUCGAUCAUUUGCUAAAUUACCACACGUUUCAUUUAUUCUAGCUGGAACUGAAUUUAAAAUCGACUCAAAGUAUUAUAUUCAGCACUUGGUUUAUUAUGGAAUGCAGUUAUGUUUAUCACCAUUUAUACCGGACACGAGUGGAUUGGGUUAUUGGGAAAUUGGAGGUGCAUUUUUAAUGCAAUUUUAUGCUGAAUUUCAUUUAAAUGGAACCAUUGCUCUUGGUAAAAUUAAAUUUUAAAUUUUUUAAAUAUUU